UAUUCCAAAAAGAAAUUCUUUGUCAUUGUUCAAACUACUUUCUACACAUGGAAACAAAAGAAAACACAAAUGUUUUAGCGAUGUCAUCAUCAUCGUCGUCCUCAAAAAAGAUCACCUUGAUUAGUUCAGAUGGUGAAUCGUUUGAGAUGGAAGAGGCUGUUGCGAUGCAAUCUCAAAUGAUCAAGUUUAUGAUCGAAGAUGGUUGCGCCGAUAAUGCCAUUCCUGUACCUAAUGUCACCGCCAACAUUCUUGCCAUGGUCAUCGAAUACUGUAAGAAGCACAUUGAUUCCCCUAAUGAUGUUGAUCUCGAGUCUUGGGAUGCAAACUUUGUCAAAGUUGAUCAGGCCACACUUUAUGAUCUUAUCAUGGCUGCAAAUUAUCUUAAUAUCAAGGAUUUACUUGACUUAACAUGCCAAACGGUUGCUGAUAUGAUCAAAGGAAAGACCCCAGAGGAGAUUAGGAAGACAUUCAAUAUAGAAAAUGAUUUCACUCCUGAAGAAGAGGAAGCCAUUAGAAAGGAAAAUCUAUGGGCUUUUGAAUAAAUAUUAUUGUUUAAAUAUAUUUUUUUUAGUGAGAUUUUUUUUUAGUUAGCCUUAUAAGUUGAGAUAAUGUUAUGGCUUAGUGGAUUUUUUUUAUUAUUAUUUUUUCAAUAUUAGCAAAAUUAAAUUUAUUAUCUCAUUAAUCUUAUUAAAAAUUUAUAAUUCUUUUAAGAACAAAUAUUUAUACAUUAAUUUUAAUAUUUCUCACGAAUGAUGCUUUGGAACCAAUAUAUUACACCACACAAUCUUGGCAUAAUCCAUUUUCUCAUGUUAUAAUAAUGAGUUAUACAAUUAAUUUUCCAUCCUCAGAUCUAUCUCAUGUGUCUCAGCUUGAUGAAUUUUUUCCAAUACCAAUUAAAAAUCACAG